AUCUCCUCUGCCCGACAAAGUGGCUGGAGCCACCGGAGGCUUGCCACGUCGUCGACCCCUGGGCCCGGCCUGCGCUGCGUCGCUCGUGAAGCGGAAUACCAAAAGUAUUUAGUGUUGUGCAUUGCCCAGAACGGUAUUUCUGUUCACAGACCUCCAGACUCAGCUACAUAUAAGUAA